CACGAAUCUGGUAGGACUAGUAGUAGAAGUUGGACUGGGCGCUGUGACUCGCGUUGCGUUGUAGUUUGAUAUUGUAGCUGCUGCACCAGUGCUGGUGCCAGCUCCUCUCUGCUCUUCACUCGCUCAUCACUCCAGUCUCUCUCACUCUCCACUUUUGUGAUAGAAGGCAAGGCCGCAGCAUCGCAGGCAUUCUCGUGUAACCAAGGCCUUUUCAUUGUCAGCUAGCUGUGGAUCGCAACCGCAAGCUUCCGUGAGAAGAAACAGACACAAGAUGGCGCUUCUGGAGCAGAAAGAAGCUCUGGUGCAGAGGCUGCUGGCUGCCAAGGCCAAGUCUGGGAAGACGUAUGAUCAGAUUGCGAAGGAGGUUGGGCUGACAAAUGCAUACACUGCGCAGCUCUUCUUCAACCAGGCUCAACUGAAAUCCGACACCGCACCCAAGCUCAAAGCAGCAGUACCAGACCUCAGCGAUGCUGAUGCCGAGGAGAUGAAGAAGGAACCCAUGAGGUCCUUCGACCCGACCAUCAUCCAAGAGCCACUCAUCUACCGUCUGAACGAGGCCGUGAUGCACUAUGGGAGGGCCAUUAAGGACAUCGUGAACGAGCAACAGGGCGACGGCAUUAUGUCUGCCAUCGGCUUCUUCAUGACGGUCGAGAAAGUCAAGGGCAAGGAGGGGGAGCCACGUGUCAAGAUCGUAUUCAACGGCAAGUUCCUGCCCCACGUCGAACAAAAGGUCGAAGACAACGUCAUGGAGCCGGUGCAGUAGCUCGUAGCAGGCCAUAGAUCAAAUAAUGGGCCGGAGGCACAUGUCAGCGGAUGGCAUCUGAACGUCGCACGCAGUCAAGUCGUAGUCUAUAAAUUUUGCAGGUUUGUCAACAGAUUUUGCGCUAGGUUCAAUCUCAAAGUGGUAAAGUGGCAGCUUAGCUGGUGGUUCUAUGCGAUGGCACCGGGAUCGACCUGACAGAGAGUUUUCCAUGCAACAAUAUAAAAGGAAAAUCAGGAGGAUAGGAGCCACAGAAUACUUGCACGGCAUGCAGAUUACCAUCGCCAGGCUCAUUGAUCAAGACCAAAUGUACAAGGUUGGCGAAGCUGGCGAAGCUUUAAAAGGAAUCACAGCUGUUUUUUCGCAGAGCACUCUCUAUUUGGCAACUAUAUCAGAAUCCUCAUGACUCAUCGAAUCCGAC